AUGUUCAAACUUGCCUUGAUUACUGCCUUGAUCUUUGCGCUCUCCCUCGCCGAUGGCCGCAAGAAACGCCAGGUUCCAGGGAUGUUAGGAUCGCUCCCAGCCAGCAUGAGAACAGGUCUAAUGAGCCAGGGUGGACUGAACGGGAUCUCUGGAAUCUCGGGAAUCAAUGGAGUCUCUGGAUUGACUGGGUUGAAUGGAAUGUCCGGACUCUCGGGUAUCAAUGGAAUCAAUGGAAUCAAUGGAAUCAGUGGAAUGAAUGGAAUCAAUGGAAUCAGUGGCUUGACUGGUCUCAACGGUAUCAAUGGACUCAAUGGUGUCCCCGGACUUUCGGGAUUCCCUGGAGUCAAUGGAAUCUCCGGACUCAAUGGCCUUGGUGGACUGAACGGACUCAAUGGACUUAAUGGAAUCAACGGAAUCAAUGGAUUGAGUGGACUCAAUGGGCUUAAUGGAAUCAACGGAAUCAAUGGAUUGAGUGGACUCAAUGGAAUCUCUGGUUUAAAUGGACUUAACGGACUUACGGGUCUCAACGGCAUCAAUGGACUUACCGGACUUAACGGCAAUGGAAUCAACGGAAUCUCCGGAUUGAAUGGAAUCUCAGGGCUCACCAACGGACUUUUCCCAUCAAAUGGAAUCAACGUUUGCCUCAGUGUUCUUGAUUGUGCUGGAGCUCAGAGAUGCUGCGGAAAUGUGAACGGUGGUGGCCUCCUCAGCAGCAUUUUGGGUGGAACUAGCGGCACUCUCGGAAAGCUCCCAGCUGUUGGAGGGCUCGUUGGCCGCUGCUCUCCAAUCUGUCUUCUCGGAGAGAUCAACUUG